AUGGCGCCCACCAAAGGGUCGUCCAAGGGCCCCUCCUCCGGGGGUGCUUCCAAGGGAGCCAAGAGCCCCAAGGGCUCCAAGCCAGCCGGCAUGUCUUCCUCGUCCCGCGUGAGCAAACCCAGCGGCAAAAAGGGUGCGAAGCGACCCCCUCCUCAAGAAGUCAAGUCCAAGGCCCGCACGGCUCCCGAGAUGCUGGCAAAGAAGAAGAAGCGAGUCUACACAGAGGCGGAGCUCGAUCUGCCCAAACUCAACCAGAUCACACCCGUCGGAGUUGUGAAGCCCAAGGGAAAGAAGAAGGGCAAGGUUUUCGUUGACGAUCAGGAGGGUAUGAUGACCAUUCUGGCAAUGGUGAACGCCGAGAAAGAGGGACAAAUCGAGUCUAAGAUGAUGAAAGCCCGCCAACUCGAGGAGAUCCGCGAAGCGAAGAGGGCUGAGGCCGAGGCACGUAUGAACGAAAAGAAGUCCAAGCUGGAUGCCGUGAAGGAUUCCAUUCGCAAUAAGAAGAAGAACAAGGGUGGCAAGGACAAGGCGUCAGAGAGCUCCUCGGCUUCAAGAUCAACAAGCGACAGCAAGCCCGUGAAGAGCAAGCGCAAGAGUGUCUCUUUCGCUUAG